AUGCCCUCUGCGCUUGCUAGCCAAAGUGUCGUGGAUCGAAGUUGGGAGAAACUCCCUACGCCACCUUCCUCAGGUGGAGCUGAUGAUGUAACCGUACCACAGAAGCAUACAUCACGGCGUGUUCAUUUGUGUAGCGAAGCGGCUACGCUCGACGACUCUUUGGAUGAAUAUACACACAGUGCGAAGAAGCGCGCGUGUCUACGACCACCUGAUGUACUUACUCCGCCCAGUACACGUGGCAGACGUAUGACCGACAAGCUGGGGCUCCAUGCGGCUGCGGAGAGACACCAAGAGCGGCGAACUCGGCAUAUACGGCAGUGCAGUGAUGUAUCGGAGGAUCCAUCUUCUCUGUUUGACGGUAUGGAUUUGUUUUCGCCGUCGCGUUUGGGGCGGCGUGCGGAAAAGGCGCGCGACACGACACCACCGCCGUUUUUGUCGGCGUACGAGUCGCGACCUGUGCGGGAUACGCCACAUAAUCCAUUCGUCGAAGGUGGACCGGCAGACGUAGGCUUCACUGGUGUGAAUGCCUCGAAUGCGCUCCUGCGGGCCAUGGCACGGCCGGCCCGGCAGCCAGACACGACGGUCUUUGUGUUUCGAGGACAGCGUGUCAUGUACAGAGACGCAGAGUCAAGGCACCCGGCCCCUCUGUAUGAGAAUGUGCCUUCACCGCCUCGGCCGCGCACCUUGUUCCCCACGAAGCAGCGGACAGGUAUGCCGACGUACGCGGCCCGCCGCCAUGCGCUAUCGGACGAUGAGGCGCCGCCUAUGAACUCGACGCGCCGGCGAAAUCUGUUUGCCGACGAGCUAGCGAAUCCGCACCGACGAGCGCAGCCGCUCCCUGCGGCUGGGGAUGACGUGGAUGCGCGAUGGCUUGCGUCUGAUGCGCCGGCUGACGGUACCAGCCGCUCCCAGUAUGAGAUACCUGCGAAGAAUCGCGAGCUGCUGGCACGGCUAGAGCGAGUGGAUUGGGACGAGGACGAGGACGAGGAGGAGGAGGAGGAUAGAUAG